AUGGAAGGGAUAGAAUCCGCGUCUAGAAAAGGACGGAGGGUUGUGGUGAUCGGCGGCGGAAUCGCCGGCUCUCUCGCCGUGAAAAUGCUUCAAUUUGAUGCCGACGUUACCCUCAUCGAUCCUUUGAUCUUUGAGCUCAAACAUCAGGAAGGAGUUUUGAGAUUACAUGGGCAAGCUUGA